AUGGAUGAACAAGUAGAUAGACUGGUCAAGAAGACAUGGACAAAGUUUCAAAAAGUCCCUAGGUCGAAGAGACUGAUGAUUGCCGUGUCUGGCAUUCCUGGUUCAGGCAAGACGACUCUCGCAUCCGUUGUCGCAAACCGAUUGAAUGAGCUUCACCACGAACAAACGCCUGCUCUCGCACAGAAUGACGAGCUCGCUGCUUUCAUCCCAAUGGACGGCUACCACCUAUCGCGAGCGCAACUAGAUGCCAUGCCCGAUCCAAACACAGCUCACGCAAGACGAGGCGCUGCCUUCACCUUUGACGCGGCUGCUUUUUUGGAUCUCGUCAAGAACCUCCGCAAGCCAAUCUCGCCAGAAUCGAGAACUUUGUACGCACCAUCUUUUGACCACGCUCAGAAAGACCCUGUCAACGACGAUAUCCCCAUCCAUCCGGAAGCGCGCAUCUUGAUCUUCGAAGGCAACUAUCUCAGUUUGGGUACGGGUGCGCCCGAAUGGAAAGAAGCAGCGGAGCUCAUGGAUGAGUUGUGGUUCGUCGAGGUGGAGGAGCAUGUCGCAAGAGAACGAUUGGUGAAGCGUCACGUCGAAGCCGGCGUUGCCAAAGAUGAGGAAGAAGCGCGCAAAAGAGCAGACGAGAAUGAUCUCGUCAAUGGUCGCGAGAUUGUACAACACAGACUCAAUGUGCACGAAGUGAUCAAGUCAAAGCACGACGGCAGCUGGAAGCCAGAGAAUCAAGGCAUGGAUGUCGCAGACGUGAGCAAAGAACAAAAGGCAUAG